AGAAACCACUAUACACGUGUGAGGGGAAAGGAAAACGGGCAGAUUGGCAAGCAAACGGGCACACUGGGAAGAAAACGGAACGGCCUCCACUUACAGUCUUGUGUAGAGCUCCACAGCUUCACAACAAACACAAUGGACGGAAAGGUGAAGAAACAGAAGCAGCACCAACAGAAGCACAGUGGCCCCAAGGCAGAAAAGAAGAAGCUGAAAAAGCAGGAGAUCCCCACAGAGAAGGAUGAACGGAAGCGUAACCCCAGAGCUUUUGCUGUUCAGUCUGCUGUUCGAAUGGCUAAAACCUUCCACAGGGCACAGGAUAUUAAAGCGAAAAAACACCACAUUCCUGUUGUAGACCGCACGCCGCUGGAACCUCCUCCGGUGGUGAUUGUAGUUGCCGGGCCUCCCAAAGUGGGAAAAAGCACCCUGAUCCGCUGCCUGAUCAAAAACUUUACACGACAAAAGCUGGGGGACAUCUGUGGACCGGUGACCAUUGUGUCUGGUAAAAAGCGCCGACUGACUUUUAUGGAGUGUAACAACGACAUAAACACCAUGAUUGACCUCGCCAAGGUGGCUGACCUGGUUUUGAUGCUGAUUGAUGCUAGCUUCGGCUUUGAGAUGGAGACAUUUGAGUUCCUCAACAUCUGUCAGGUGCAUGGUUUCCCUCGCAUCAUGGGCGUGCUCACUCACCUCGACUCCUUCAAAAACAAGAAGACACUUAGGAAAACCAAGAAGAACCUGAAACAUCGCUUCUGGACAGAGGUGUACCAGGGGGCCAAGCUGUUCUACCUCUCAGGGAUGGUGUACGGUGAAUAUCAGACUCAGGAGGUGAAAAACCUGGGCCGCUUCAUAUCUGUGAUGAAGUUUCGUCCUCUGGUGUGGCAGACGUCCCACCCUUAUGUUCUGGUGGACCGCAUGGAGGACCUGACGGAUCCCGAGAGGAUCCGGACAGACCCCAAGUGUGACCGAACAGUCUCCCUAUACGGCUUCCUGAGAGGGACGCUCCUCAAGAACAGAGGGCAGGUUCAUAUCCCAGGUGUGGGAGACUUCCAGGUGAGUGAGGUGAACUUCCUCCCUGACCCCUGUCCACUGCCGCAUGGCCAGAAGAAAAGAGCGCUGAACGAGAAGGAGCGGAUGCUCUACGCUCCCAUGGCGGGUGUUGGGGGGGUUGUGUACGACAAGGAUGCAGUUUACAUUGACGUCCCCACGAGCCACAUCAUCCAGCAAGAGCAGGAGGAGACUCGGCCCACCACAGAGCUCGUCCAGUCGCUCAUUGACACUCACGCCACUCUUGAUGUCAAGAUGGCUGCCAGUAAGGUUUCUCUGUUCAGCAACUCUGCUGUCCUGGAACCCACAGACAUGGAAGAACCGGAAAGAGAACUUGUCUGGGACCCCAGCACCCAAAGAGAGAGGCGAAGGGUGGUCUUCACUGAGGAGGAGGAGGAGGAGGAGGAGGCGGCAAGUGGCUCUAGUGAUGAAGAGCAUCACGACUGUGACAAGGCUGAGCAGGAAGAGGAGAAUAGCUUGGCUACGUUUCUCAAAGAGGCCAGAAGUGACUGUGGGAAGAAGGGAGCAGCUCCUCCAGCCAAGAAACAGAAGGUGGAGAAGACAGAAGCUGAACUGCCAGCCUUUGCAAACAGCGAAGAUGAGUUGGAGAUGAGUGAGGACGACGACGACGUUGAGACAGCUGGGGGAUACUCUGGACGCUACUCUCAGGAGCACAGUGACGACGAAGAUUCAGGUGAUGGCUCAACAGAAGAGGAGGUCAGUGAAGAUGAAGGCCUCGUGAAAAAGCCAACCAGAAGUGAGAGUGAUGAAGAUGACCAAGGUGUGUCUACAGGAGCUCUCAGAUGGAAGGAGAAUCUACAACUGAAGGCAUCACAAGCAUUUCUACAGCAACAAGAAGAGGCACCAAAUCUGAGAAAGCUCGUCUAUGGUUCAGGAUUAGACAUGACAGGUUCAGCAGAUGAAGAGGAACCGAUGGAGGAGCUGGGUGGGCUGUUUCGUAUCAGCCGCCCUCAGAAGAACCGGAGGUUUGGAGCUAACGCUGUGGAUUGCUCCCGCUUCCUGCCUGAUUCCUUCUACACCUGGGAUCUCCAGGAGAUGUUAAAUUCUAUCAGAGACUGUUUUGUGACUGGGAAGUGGGAGGAGGACCAGGACGCCGCCACUCAGCUGAAGGAAGAUGAUGAGCUGUAUGGUGAUUUUGAGGAUUUAGAAACGGGAGAAGUCCACAAACAACAACAGGACCAGGCUGAGCAUGAUGAAGAUGAAGAUGAUGCAGCAGCCAGCCAGGUGGAGGAGGAUGCAGAGGAGAUAGAGAAAAAGACUCGUCUGGAGAAAAAACGCCGGCUGAAGCAACGAUUUGACGCAGAGUACGACGACGGUGAAGACACCUACUUUGAUGACCUGAAGGAAAUGAUGCAGAAACAGGCCGAGCUGAACAGAGCCGAGUUUGAGGGUGUUGACGAUGAGACCAGAGUGCAGUAUGAAGGCUUCAGGCCUGGAAUGUACAUCCGUCUGGAAAUUCCCUCUUUGCCCUGUGAGUUUGUCUCCAACUUUGACCCCCAUUACCCCAUCAUCCUUGGAGGUCUGGGCUCCAGUGAAGGCAACGUUGGAUACCUGCAGAUGCGUCUGAAGAAGCACCGCUGGUAUGACCGUAUCUUGAAGACACGGGAUCCCCUCAUCCUGUCCCUUGGCUGGCGGCGCUUCCAGACCGUCCCUCUGUACCACAUGGAGGACCACAAUGGACGCCAUCGCCUGCUCAAAUACACUCCGCAGCACAUGCAUUGCGGAGCCUCCAUCUGGGGUCCCAUCACUCCUCAGGGCUCAGGUUUCCUGGCUGUGCAGUCAGUGGCCGGGACAAAGGCUAAUUUCCGUAUUGCAGCCACGGGUGUGGUCCUUGAUUUGGAUAAAUCGGUCACAAUAGUGAAGAAGCUCAAGCUGAUUGGUUACCCAUACAAGAUCUUCAAGAACACCUGCUUCAUUAAGGGCAUGUUCAACACACUGCUGGAAGUGGCAAAGUUCGAAGGUGCUUCAGUCCGAACAGUGUCAGGGGUCAGAGGUCAGAUUAAGAAGGCACUGUCAACACCACCUGGAGCUUAUCGAGCCACUUUUGAGGACCGGCUGCUCAUGAGCGACAUCGUAUUCCUGCGCUCCUGGUAUCCGGUGUCUGUUCCUCAACUCUACAACCCUGUCACCUCUCUGCUGCUGCCCUUGGGGCAGAAGGACACCUGGACAGGCAUGAGGACUCUGGGACAGCUCAAACAUGAUCUGGGCAUUCGCAACAAGCCCAACACUGACUCUCUGUAUAAGCCAGUAACACGAGCUCCAAGACGCUUCAAUCCACUCCGCAUCCCCAAGGAGCUCCAGAAGGCUUUGCCCUUCAAGAGUAAACUCAAACAGCAACAACCUAAAGGGAAGACAACCAGAGACCUGCAGAGAGCCACCGUGAUCCGAGAACCCCACGAGAGGAAGGUGGCGGCUCUGCUGCAUGCUCUGGGCACAGUUCACUACUACAGAACGAAGAAGGCCCGCACAAAGCAGCGCGCCAAACACAAGGAGUUCCUCCAGCAGAAGGAGGCUCAGGAGGAGGCCAAGCUGAAGAGGCAGAAGGAGGCUCGCAAAAAACUGUACCGGGUCAUGGGCCAAACUGACCAGAAGAAGCAGAGGUCCAGUCUGAGGGGGGCGCUACAGGACUGAUCCCCCACUUCACUCAUAGGGACCUGCUGCGGGGAGGUUGAUCAUGUUGGACUAGAACAUCUGAAAUGGUGAAAAAUUGUGACAUUUAAAUGUUGUAAACACAUCAGUGAAUUAAAGUACUCCAAAUCAGUUUGAUGCUUCAGUUUCAGAAUUUACUGUUCCACUGCUUGUAGAGCUGUGGUCUUAAUGUUUGAUUCUUUUCAAAAUGACGAUAAAGCUAACCUGCUUGAACCCAAAAUUUCAUUUCCUGUCGUCCCUGAUCCCUUCAGAUGAUCACCAGCAGCUGUCCUUUUUAGAGGUCAUGACACUUUUCUGGGUGCCAGGGAAGAUGCUGUCCUGACUCC